AUGAAUUCACAGGUCAGAAAAACCUUUUAUUCUGAGUCACUAACAAAUGUCCUUCAAUUAGACAAUCAAGAGUUUAUUCCUAACCAGCAUUCUGCUGUGCAGUUUGGAGAAGACAUCUACACCUUACCAAGUGCUCAACUCAACUUUCCACCAAAUGGCAAUGGCUCAUUGGCAAAGCAGGAACUGCAAACACUCUGGGAAAGUUUUACCUCAUGGUUGCAACCAGAAAAGCAGAGCAAGGAGCAGAUAAUUGCUCAACUGGUCUUGGAACAGUUUUUCAUCACAGGGCACUGCAAGGACAAGUUUGCCUUGAAAGAGAAGUGGGAAUCAAGUGGAAGAAACAUGAGGAGAUUCAUGGAGGGGCUGACUGAUGAGUGCUUGAAGCCUCCCACCCUGGUCCAUGUCUCUAUGCAGGGGCAGGAAGCCCUCUUUUCCGAGAACAUGCCAUUAAAAGAAGUCAUUGAAUAUUUGAAACAGCAAGCAACACCAAUGCCAACACAAGAGAAUUCAAGGACAUACCUGCAGAUACAUCAAGACAUGUUCUUUGCAACAAGAAAUGAGAGCAGUGAUGAUGGCUGCAACAAUCCCUGGAAUGCCAGUGAAAGAAAUAGUGGUGUUAAUAGUCCUGGAGAGGAGAUGGGUCCUCUUCUCAUUACCCAAACAGAUCAGUACACUGUGCCUAAAGAUAUAGCUGUUUCUUAUUCAAAAACCCAGAGUGACAGAGAGACAAGUGAAGGCACUUUCAGGUACCCGGUAGAGUCCCUAACGGCCCAUUCCUCCGAAGAAAUUGCUAUGGAGGUAAAACCAGGAUUAUUCUUCAGGCUAGACCACACUAAUGACAAUGAAGAUAGCCUCAACACUUUCUGUAAUGCUAGUGAAGUACAUCAUGAUAGAAUUCCGGCAAAAGAGAUGGAUUCCCAAACAGAAGAGUAUUCUGAGCCUGAAGAGAAUACUGUCCCUUACAGAGUUGUUGACUGUUUUAGAAGAGUACCUCAAGACACAUCCAGGCCCCUAGAAUAUUUGUCAAGGGCACCUUCUUCUGAAGAUGUCCCAGUGCAAGUACUAGAGUUCCUUUCCCAAUCACAGCUUCCUCCCUGUGUGCCUCUACAACUUUUCCUAAAUAAUGGGGCAAAUUCUACAAGCUUCUAUAACCUCUCAGUCCUCUGUGUACAUGCGGUCAUCCAUGAGCAAAAGAAACCUUUCACCUGACAUUCAUGCAAAAUACCCUUCAGUCACAAGACCAACCUGCAGGAUCAUGAGAAAAUUCACACCAGAGAAAAGCCUUAUAUCCGCUUCCUGUGUAACAAUAGCCUCUAUCAGUCAUCCACAUACCACUGUCACCUGAGGAAUUACCAUAAAUCUGACUAA